AUGGCCGACGUGCCGCACAGAAUAGUUAAGCUCGAUCGAAUAUACACGAAUUUGGAUUAUUUGAACAUAACGUUGCCCAGCGAUCCGGAUUGGCAGUUGAGUACUUACAAAAAAUUGGUCGAGAAACAAAGAGACAUGAGUAAGCAAGAGAAAGAGUAAGUGGAAUCAUAUUUAAACUACGUCUCGUGGUUUCAGGGAAGAAAGGUUUAAGUCAAAUCUUAUUAGUGUAAGGACAAAAUUGUACGAUAUCCUGUAUAAUAUCAGUGUACAGACUAAUAUCGUGUACCAGUGGCGCCGAAAUAGUUUAAAAAUAUUCGGGCAAACAAGGCAAUGCUGUUUUAUACUGUUCUUUUUUCAGUGUAAUAUAUUACAGAACUCAUAGUACUAUUUCGCAUAGUUAUAUUUUCUACAAAUACUACUCGUACCAUGUAUAUUUCUCACCACUACCCACCGAAACAUUUUUCGGGGGGACUAGUUCGGCGACACUGUUAUGUCCUUAUAUACUUCUCACCUAAUUUUGAAUAUGCAUACACGUACGCAAUUCAAACCGAAAACUAAAGGGGAAAAAACUACAUUGAACCUAAUUAUAAAAACACACCAACAAGAUUGCAGACUUAUAAACCUUUCUUCCCUACGGUUCCUACGAUAUCUAUUCUAUUCUGAACGUAAGUAGGUAUAGUAUGGUAUACAUAUGACGCUGGCUCUACACCGGUGUUAUAGUUUUAUAAUAUUCUUCAACAUUAUAGGUAAUUUAAUCGUCACCGCGAAAUAUAUAUUUUUUAUUCUAUUCUUUAAUAAAGUUUGAAAAAAAUAUGUACACAUAUAUAAGUAAAAGUAAAUUUUUUAAAUCACUUACAUAAUAUGAAUAAAAUUACAUGGUAAUCAUAAUAACGACUUUACUGAUUGAUUAGUAAGAACAAUUAAUAUUAUUAUUUUUUUUUUUAUAUAUAUAAAACUACAUAUUUUAUUAGAAAUGAAAUAAUAGCGAGAAAAUGAUAAUUGUUUUUAUUGUCAACUGUGUAGUAUUUAUCUACUGUUUAUCUAUAAUAUAUUUAUAUACUAUAAUGUUUUAUAUGCUUUAUGUAAGUAACAUACCUAUUCUAUUAUAUUACAUUAGAGCACAAUUGAAAUUUGUAAAACUAUACAAUAAUUUCGAUUGCUGGCGAUUUCAGUUUUCUAUAUUACAAUAAUAGUUAUGCUGCAUGGCACACAAUAAAUCUGAGUUUUAUACGGUGCCGGAUUAAGGUUGCGGAACCCCAUGACCCUUAUCCGAUAGAGGUAUGUUUAAAAUGAAAAAAAAACGAAUUAAAAUUUGAAGGUACUAAAAUUUGCAAAAAAUUCUUACUAUAUCUACUAAAUAGUAAAAUUGCUUAUUUCGUGAGGAAUCUCAUACGCUUAAUUUUGUAUAAGCCUCUGGACUUGGGUUCCUUGCCCCCCCUCUCUAAAUCCAGUCCUAUAGUUUUAUAUAAUAAUUCAUUAUCAUAAUAUAUAUUUACUCCAACUCGAAAAUACUUAUGCACGUAAUAGUAUAAUAUUAUAAUAGGCAAUAAUAAUAAAAGUAAGUAUAGCCAGUAUAUCGGUACGUACCAAUCAAAUAAUUUAUUUAAAUCUCCGCCACAUGUAAUUUUGGAAAUGUGAAAUAUGUACCGUGGCGUUUAAUAUUUGUAUUAAUUGAACCAUUUAUAACGUUACCUAACCUACCUUAUAAUGAUUUGAUUGUAAAGUGCACCACGUCUAACAAAUAAUACCUACCUAUACAUCAAACAAGUACUUUAUUACUUAUCUUUAAUUUUUUUUUUUCUAUUCUUAAUCAUGAAUAUGAUACAUCUAAAAUUAAUAUUUUGAAUUAUUUUAGGGUGGACGAUCCAAUUUCAAUUGUAUCUUCCUUAAAAGUUGGGUACAUAUUUGAAACUGCGUUCCACAGUAAUAAGUCUCCUGUGAAGGAAAUAGACGGGAAUUCGGACGUGAUAUCGGAAAUCAAAAAAGAAAUUGACACCGAAGAGUCAGACAGAAACACGGAGCUCUGGACAAACCGCGAGGUGGUCCUUGCCGCCAAAGUACUGAGCGCCAAUAAUCCCAAGAGACACGGUAUAAAAUUUGUUUCCGACAAUCAGAUGCGAAGAGUGUACGACAUAAUAUUCGAAGUGUUUAGAUGUAAGAACGAAAUUAAUUAGUUUUUAUCGUUGUUUAUUUACGAUUUCUAUAGAAUUGUACUUAUUGUAAUAAAAAAAAAAAAAAAAAAUCGAUUUAAUAUUUUAAUCGCUUUUGAAACUAACAGUUUAUCCUAAUGCAGAAUAACAGAAUAUAUAAUAAUAUAGGUUAUUGACGUUAUUGAUAUUAUCUUUGAACGGCUACAUAAAUUAACGCUUUUCUUCGUAAUGAGAUUCUCGUUGUAACAUUUCCAAAGAAUUCCUCACAGUUCGGAUAAAUUAAGAAUUUUCAAAAUAUAGUCAAUAAACUAUCUUAUUUGCAAGACCGGGAUUUAAAUGCACUUAAAAUUCACAAAAAAAGUACUUAAAAACGGCAAAAAUAAACCAUAAAAAAAUAUUCAAAAAGCAAACACGGUAUAGUAGUUUUAAAAGCCCUUCCUCUAAAAGAUGUGAUUUAUUGAAUACAAUUUCGAAAAUGAUUCAAAAUAAUUUUUUUCAAAUAAAAUUAUACGUAUCACAAAAAGAAGAGUGGAACUUUUUAACGCCUCUACCAUGGUUGUCUUUUUAAAAAUAAAUGUUUAAGAGUUCUUUUGCCAUUUUCGUAUAUUUUAAUUUAGAUAGAAGACAGAUUUUAGGUUAUUGGUGUAACAAAAACGAACAGACUUUACUAAGACCGGUCCAUUAGAGAGCCCUCUACCUGUAUUCAUCACCCUACGUCAAACAUCCCAUAGAUUUAUCUUUGUUUUCCAUACAUACUUUUACGUAGAACGUGUUAUACAAUAAUAAUAUUAAGUAUAGGUGUUAUUUUCAUUUUCAGAUCGAACAAUUAUCAACGAAAUUUUGAACAACAUUGAUUUCGAAGACAUUUAUCCAAAUGUAAGACGGUACUUUCGUUUUGUUUACGAAUAAUACUAUAGUAGCUCUUUUUAAUACGACUGCUAAUAAUAAUGAUGUUAUUAAUGUAUAUUCGAUCAAUUUUUAAUAGUAUAAGAAAAUGACUUUGCUCGUGUGGUUGAUGUCGUUCGAUUACUACCGGAAUAAAUUCAAACCGAGGAAACUGGACGAAAAAGAAACCGCGCAGAGUUUUGAAUCGUUGAAAUUACUCGAAAUAGCAGACGUCCUCAAAGGGAUCAAAAUCCAAUUAGCCGCAUCUUUUUCGAAAUUCAGAAUAAAACAUUGUGCCUUGUCGCUGUCCGACAUGUUGCCCAAGCAUUUGCGUAAUGAGAGGUUUAAAAAAUCGCCAGAAACAAUAAUAAGUUGUUGGAUAAAUACGUUUUUGACCAGGUAACUUUAUAAUAAUAUUAUAUACAAUUAAAAAUUAAAAACAAUUUAAAAUAUAUAUAUAUACUUACGAUGAUACAUAUUUUUGAUUUAAUAGCGUAGAGUACGUAAUAACCGUAUUAGAAAAAGCGGGGUUAACUCAAAUGAAGAAUCCCGAAGACGUACAGAUUCCCGAGACGUUUAAAAUGGACCAUUUUUUGCCUUAUUUCAUGCACAUUUAUCCAAAAAAUAAAUCGGUAUUCUUAAAAAAUAUACCACUGUUCCAGAAACAUUUAUUGAUAUUACAAGUGGGUACCUAUUAUACAUAUAUUCUAUAAUAUAUACUAUAUUAUUAUUUUAACCGUUAUGAAAUUAUUUUAGAAAUUAUUAGAGUUUCAGAUAGACAAUCAUAUAUUAUUGAAUUAUUUUUAUCUCGUGAAUUCAUAUGCAGUUCAAAUAAUUGA